AUGUCAGGAAACCCAUAUGGAUACUACGUGCCUCCGACUGAAGAUCAGAAUCAGAUCUUUACUGGUGAGAGCCAACAGCCAUCAUCAACAGACUUUCCACAAAAUACCCCUGGCCAAAGCUCGUUCGGUGGCAAUCCAUACACGAUGAAGUAUCUUCCGCCUACCAACCCUACAGAUCACAACAUGUCGCCUUCGCUCUCGAACUGGACCGGAGCGUUCGACGAUCCAACUCAAGAUCCAUACGUGGGUUCGUCGUAUGGGUACGGAGAGUAUCCUCCAUUGCAAUCCCAUCAACAGCCGGUUUUCGAUGCCAACUCUUACCCUGACUACCAGAAUCCAUCUGUCUACCCCUAUGACGAUGACUCGGCCUACUCAACCAUACUUGAGAUACUCUGGCGCGCCCACAUACUCAGAAGACGGGAGAAUGGAAAGUACUUUCCGUCGAACUCAGUCUGGGCACUCGAAUCGUUCUUCCAGGGCAUUCACAGACCCUACCAAUCCGCUGGCGCCUUCAGCAGGCGGCAUACCUACGAGGAAAAGAAAGCCGCCGUACUCAUCGAACAACGCGAAAGUUCUGGGAAAGGUAGUAGAAAUCGGGUACUGUACCUUGGAAAGGCUCGAAAGAUGGCUCGAAAAGUACGAGCCCUUCAAGAAGGUGACGGCCGAGGCGUUGAAAGAUCCCAAGAAUAG